AUGCCACCAAUCCACAUUCUCUUCGCCUGCUUCUCCCUCAUCCUCCAAGCUUCGCAGGCACAAUUCGUUGUGGGCUCAACCAAUCAAGGAGUCGGUAGCGUCAAUGGUGCUUCUGCAUUUAACACCACCACCAACACCACGGAUACCGAAGGCGACAACGACUACAGUGAUCCAGUCAUUGUAGAGUGCACUGACUACAAACGCAAAGCACUCCCUGAAGCGGAUCUCUGCAUUUCUGCAGUCCAGAAAAUACCGAAAGACGCAGACACGAGAACCUUCACACAACCAGGGGAUUUUCCGUUCCACUACGACAACGAAAAGUGCCAGGUCUCAAUAGAGCUAGUGACUGACGGUCAAGAGCGGGCGUCAUAUUUAGACAUCGUCCUCACGGUCAUGCAAAUGGCUGGAGGCUGUCUAAGAUCAGAAGCGGACACCGGUCGAAUUAUGAGGACGGGAGGGGCGUUGAGGGGUAUUGGGCAGAAUAAUCGGAUGGUGCUCAAGAUUGGGAAACCAGGAGAGAUGCCAGAUACUCCUGAACUCCCUAGGCAGGGGGCUUGA